AUGUACAACCCGACCGCGCAUCUGAACAACAAAAAGCGAAAGGCCGCCGAUCAAGCUUUAGCAAGACCACCACGCCCGCGUCGAUACACGCCGGAAGAAUUCGAAUACCUCGACAUCGGAUUGCCAAGAAGAAGCGAUCAGGAAGUCCUUCCCGUUGACCUUGAUUCGAACUCAGCAAGGACGCUGAUCAUGCAAAUAGCAUCCGUGAUUCGGCACCGCCAAAAUGAGUUCAGGGCCCACGAGGCGCGAACCAAUCUUUCGCCUAUGAUCCCGAGCAGAAAGCUCCUUGACAAGGUACUCAACGAGAGCCCUGAGGACACAGCUCGGACCUUGGUUGCCUGGAUGGCUUCCGACACGGUGGAUAUACUUGGCCAACCACAAUGGACGUGGGACCACUUCGCGAACAUCUUUGGCCCAUCAGCGUCCGAUCUCGGAUUGAAGAUCCUCUAUCUAAAGCUUACCCGAUCUCAUGGAGAGCUGCCGACUCCAUAUACCGGAAUCGGCACGGCUUCGGGCGGAGGCGGUUCACGUGCGUGGGGCUACGAGCUUGUAAUGAGGCGCAAGGUACAGGGCUUGGAGCUUCAGGCAUCGCACGCCGCAGUGUUUCCAGAGGAAGUCUCCAACUACCAGGUCCAAUACUACGAAGGUGUUGUCGUUGACUGGAUCGAGUCCGGCAACGACAUUGACAACUUGACAAGUACGACAUAUAAAUCGAAGCGGAACUUGGUUCCCAAUCGGAAUAUUAAACCUACUGGAAUCAACCACAUCCAUCCGUGGGCACAAUUGAGUGGAGCCUAUGCAAGAUUCCGUGCCUCGACACCGCGGCUGGCCGGACCGCUGCUGGCCGAUGAUGACAAAGUAACCAGUGCUAAACAGUUCCUCGAGAUCAUUCUUGAGGCGCAUCGAGAAGCCGACGGCCGCUACUUCUGCUGUGGCAGGCGCAGAGCGGAUUUGAACGACAACAGACCUAUGCUGAACGCCAGCGCUGUAACCGGUAUUAAAGGCCAGUAUCCGACUGUACCGAUCAAAUUUGGCGGUUACGAUGUGUUCGUUAAGAUACCAAGCUUUCCGGCAGAUGCUAUCUUCUGCAACAAGUGCUGGCGAAGCUUCAGAACAUUCCGCGAGCAACUGAGCGUGUCUGAGAUUCGAUCGCGCUGUCAAGAGAUGUCAUCAUCGACCUGGAUCAUCGCGAUCAUGGCACUUCCACGGCGGAGUAACCCGAGUGGAGCGGUCGAUGGAUCAGUUCGUGUACGAGCAUAUCAUGAGAAGUCUCGUGCUGGUUGUAUGACUUGCAAAGAGCGAAGAGUGAAGUGUGACCAGGCCCAUCCGAUCUGUGGAAAUUGCCAAAAAGGACGCAGAGAAUGUGCAUAUGCUUCGGCUGGCAAUGCCCCGACGUUCCGUGGAUUUCGCCAUGUCGGAUUCGAGUCAGGCCAUCCACGGAAUGCGAUCGUUGUCAGCGAGGAGGUCCGCCUGUCGGUGGAAUACUUCUGCGUAAAGGGUCUUCCCAUUUUACGAAAGUGUCAGCCGUCGCCGCUUUGGGACUAUCUGGUUGCUCAACUUCUGGACUCUAGUGGAAGUGUGCGCAGCAUUACGGCCGCGUUGGGUGCGCAGCAGCGAAUUGUGGAGCGACAGGGAGGUGACGACCAGCCGAGCGACAGCAUGCUACAGGCUUCUCGCUUAUAUGCGGGUGCCAUUACGAGUCUACGCCGGUCGAUCGUGGAGAAGGGCGACAAUGGUCAGCCUCAAAUCCCGCUCGCAUGUCUUCUAAUGGUCGUGCUCGAAUCCAUACGAGGAUCUCCAGCCAACUUGCUGGUCCACUUGCAGUCCGGCUUGCACAUCAUGCGUGCGCUGCAAGCAAGUCCGUCGAGCGAGAGUCGGGAGGUUGCUCGUCUGCUUCGCAAGUACGCCGUGGACGCCACUGUGUUUGAUGCCCUCGCGCCGACUACUCAAGCGAUUCAGAUGUUGAUGGCCGAGCAAAUAGACACUGGUGUUGCCAGCAACCCGCUUGCUCAGGUCGUGCAACUCGUGUCCGAUCUCCUCCAGUCGCUGAUGCUAGGUGCUCGAGACGCAUUCAAUCACCCCGAGAACCGUCCAACUUCUUUAAAUCCGCUUGAGUCUCUACGGCCGCAGCAGCAAAGUAUCGAGCUGGCCAUCAACACCCGACUGGCAACGACGGAAAGCUGGAACGCGGUCAGUCUGGCUGCGUAUGGAUUCGCCAAAGCACAAUGUCUCCUGGUGAAGAUCUACAUCGACUGUGCGUGGACUGGCCGGCAGUGCGACUAUGAUGCUGCCCUGGACAUCUUCCGCAAGAUCAUUGACAUCGAGGAGACAUCGCUCCGGCUGUUGCAUUCUAUCAAGUCAGAAUCAGACACAGAAACCACUGAGGCUCCUGCGGCUUUUUCUGUUGGACUCUCAGCACAGUUGACUAUAAUGCUAGUAACAAAAGAGUGCCGGGACGCCGAGCUGCGGAGGCGUGGUUUGAGUCUCCUGGAUCGAUGUCCACGGUACGAUGGUGUCCGAGAUACUACUCUGAUCAGGGCGAUCUGCAACACAAUCAUCAAGCACGAGGAGACGGCUGCUGGAGGUCCGGGUAACUACAUUUCUGAGCAUUGCCGUGUGCACCACUACCGUGUCGUCGGAGACGGUCAGGGACCUGGCGGAUGGAAAUCUGUUCAGCUUUCAAGGCGGCCUGUUGAAGGCGGGGCGCUCGUGGUGUACGACGUGCCGCUCGAAGUGGGCUAAGUUGGCAGUGGAGAACUCUCACGAGAGGUCGCUGCAACACGAUGCACGCUUGCACCAGCAUAGGGAACAAGUCCCGACCAGCGGAGGCGCCUUGAAAACAUGGAUAUGAUCGCGAUUCAUAUCAGAUGCUUCUCGACGGGCGUGAGGAGAAUACAAUCCCGACCUUUGCCAGAAUGCCUGUCCGGACCACGAAAGAGUCCAUGGUAGAUGGCUUACAGCGCCGAGAUGACGGCCAAAUUAUGCAUUUGGACUGCAACAUAUCGACCUUCGCUGGCCUG